AACUGGCGGGAUAUCAAAGACUGGCACAUCGGGCAGGACUCCGGGCAGCGGCACAUCGGGCAGGACUCCGGGCAGCGGCACAUCGGGCAGGACUCCGGGCAGCGGCACAUCGGGCUAGACACCGGGCCACCCGGCGGAGCAGCAGGGCACCGGGCCACCCGGCGCGGAGCAGCGGGCACCGGGCCACCCGGCGGGCACUGGGCCCCCGGGAGGGGCGGCAGGCACCGGGCCCCCAGGCGGAGGGGCGGGCACGGGUCAUCAGGCACGACAACGGGCAUCUGGUCACCAGGCAUCAGGUCAUUUGGCUCGUCAGCGGGCACCGGGUCAUCAGGCACGACAGUGGGCUCCGAGUCAACUGGC